UUUUCAAACAAAGCCAGCACCACUGCUCUACGUGCAACCGCGAGACGAAGUCAUUUUUGUAUGUCCCUAUGAAUCAUUGUACAUACUGUGGACCUACGAAAGGAAUGUGUUGGAUACCUGCUCAAUGUGGCUUAACAACACAAUGAUCGUCGAUUUACUGUUCAAGUGCACCCAGCAAUUUACUCAUCGUAGCCAUUCCCGCCCAGACGUUGAAGAACAGCGCGGUCUACACAAAACCACAUUCCGAGUUUGCAACCACUCUUGUGAUCAGAACCAACAAACAAUCCAGUCAACAAGAUCAUUUGGGGGAUAUACACCUCAAAUCGCCAAACGUAGUCUGGUGAAGGAACGAAACCUUACGAUUUACCAUUCUCAUGCUAAGAAUCGUUCCCGCAGAAGUCUGGACAACGUUCACGUAGCCAAAUUCACUCUACUCAUAGACGAACUGUCCUGGGCAAACGGGAAUCCGAGAUUUGUUUACAACCGACCGGUUUUCUUUAUUGGCAAGUUCCUACAUGCGUUUUUUAGGCUCAAUCAGCAGUCUGCCUUUCGAAAAAUAUGCGGCUCGUCAUUGUCUACGGCCAAUAUUGUUUCGAUUCACCAUCAUUUAGCUGAUUCUUUGCUCGCCUCAGCACUUCCUUUUACAAAAGGCUACCAUACUUAUGCGUG